UCCAAGACUUAUGGUCAACCCUAGGACAGGGGACAGCGGCCGGGCACUUCAAAGCGUGCAGGGCAAAGCCGCGGUUUCCGGCCGCACACUCCAGUCUCGCGGCCCGCGCCGAGGUCCGGGUAGGAAGCAGACGCUCAGUCGGGGAGAGGCUGGAGCGGUGGAGAAAGAGUCUAGAGACUUUACCCGGGGGAAAGGGGCGCAGAGUCUAAGAGUCGAUUGGAUUUGGCACCGCAGCUAAACCUUCGCUUCGGGAGCCCGGGCAGGGCGUCUUCUCCGAGGGGGCUCAGCGGCCACCGGCACCGCAGUCCUCGCCCAGCACCACCGGCCUCCUCGGCAGCGUCAAGGGAGGGCUCCGGGUCAAGGACAGCCGGCUGUGACCAUGGCCGAGACCGCGGAGCCGGAGCGGGGCGCCCCGGGUCCUCAGGGACCGCCCAAGGGCCCAGCGCUUCAGGCCGAGACACCUGGCGAGCCCCGGGCCGUGGGCGCAGAAGUGCAGCUGCGGGAGGCGAGCGAGGGGGCGGGCGCAGCUGCGGCGGCCGCGGCGCAGGAGGAAGGGGACGGCAGGGAGCUGGCGCCUGGGGCGGGCAGUGGCCGGGAGGCCGAGCCGCAGGGUGCCUGGGGAGCGCAGGGCGAGGCGGAGGCCGGGAAGGGAGCCCCGGAGGGAGCCGGGGUCCCGCAGGGCGGAGAACAGGCUAGCGGCACGGAGCAGGUGGAGGAGGCCACUGUCGGGUGUUGUGCGCUGGGCGAGCCCCCGGGGGCGUCUCAGUGGGUGCCCGGGGACCCCGAGGUCCCCGGGGCGCAGGAGGAGGCGGAGUGCAGGCAAGACGCGCCGGAAGGCAGCGCGCCUGGUCCGUCGGGGGACAGCAUGGACGCCGGGGGACCGACGGGAGGGGAGCCCCAUGUCGGGGGUGAGCCCCAGCACGGAGGGGACCGCAGCCCUCCGCUCCAGGCCGAGGUCAUCGAGACCGCAGCCUCCGAGAGAGGGGGGCCCAGCCCGGGGGAGCUUGCAGUGGGUACAGCGGCUGAGGCUGGGCUCUUGGGGACAGAGGGGUCCGAAGAAGCGGCCCCCGGGGACUCGAGGGCAGACGCUGGCGAGGGAUGGGCCGGGGAUGGACCUCGGGAAGAGACGGAGAAGGAAGAGGAGAGGCUAGAGCGGCGUCUGGAGGGGCUGAGCGAGGAAGCCACAGUCGCGGGCGAGGGGAACGCGCCACACCGCAGCCCCGAGGGGGAGGCGGCGGCCGGGCCGCAGGCGGAGCUCAGUAACCACCUGGCUGAGGAGCGCAGCGCGGUGCGAGGCGACGAGUCUGCGCGCGUCAACGGCGGACAGGAGGAUGGAGAGGUGUCCGAGGAGGGGACCCCGGCGCAGGAGCACGACAUCACUCUCUUUGUCAAGGCUGGUUCUGAUGGUGAAAGUAUUGGAAAUUGCCCAUUUUCUCAGCGUCUCUUUAUGAUUCUCUGGCUCAAAGGAGUUAUAUUUAAUGUGACAACAGUGGACUUGAAAAGGAAACCUGCAGACCUGCAGAACCUGGCUCCUGGAACCAACCCUCCUUUUAUGACUUUUGAUGGUGAAGUCAAGACGGAUGUGAACAAGAUCGAGGAGUUCUUAGAGGAGAAAUUAGCUCCCCCGAGGUAUCCUAAGCUUGGGACCCAACACCCUGAAUCUAACUCAGCAGGAAAUGACGUGUUUGCCAAAUUCUCAGCAUUUAUAAAAAACACCAAGAAGGAUGCAAAUGAGAUUUAUGAAAAGAACCUGUUAAGGUCUCUGAAGAAGCUGGAUGACUACCUAAACAGCCCUCUGGAUGAUGAGGUAGAUGCCUACAGCACUGAGGACAUUGCAGUUUCUGGAAGGAAGUUUCUGGAUGGAGAUGAGCUCACUCUGGCUGACUGUAACCUCUUACCCAAACUUCACAUCAUUAAGAUUGUGGCCAAGAAAUACAGAGAUUUUGAAGUUCCCUCUGAAAUGACUGGCAUCUGGAGAUACUUGAACAACGCAUAUGCUAGAGAUGAGUUCACAAACACGUGUCCGGCUGACCAGGAGAUCGAGCAGGCAUAUUUAGAUGUUGCGAGAAGAAUGAAAUGAAGCCGGGUGUUUUCCGUCUGACUUCUCAGUGGAGGGGGAAAGAGUGUUCUGUGCAUUUCCCCCGCAGUGACCAUCCUUUGCAAAAUAACUCCCAAAGUAUGAUCCACUCAGCCCCAAAUGAUGCAUGGCCUUGUCAUUGGUCAACAAUUGAUCUGUGCCGUAGACAUCAUUUCUUAAUUUGUAUCUUUGGCAUUCGCUGGCGUGGGGAUCCAGGAGGGCACGUGUUCUGCAGGUUCAGCUUCAAAGCAAAUUAGAUUUGGGUUCAAAUGCUUCAAGUUUUAAUAAGUUAAUCUGUCUCUGAUAGUUAUCACAUAUAGCCUGUGCUUCUCCUCCAAAAUAUUAGUCGAAUUUUUUCAAAAUGAAACUCAUUUUUUUGUAAUUACAAAAUGAUACAUGCCUGUUUUCAUAUUUUAAAACAGUCUCAGAGAGUGUGAAGAAGGAAGUAGAAAAAAACUCCUAAAAUUUUAUUCCACUUAAUUACUGAUAACUGAUUGGUGAACAUCUCCAAAUCUUCAGUCUGUUGCACACACACAUGCUCACAUGCACACGCACGCACACACAUGCACACACACAUUCACAUUGCGCACAAUUUCAUUCACACAUGGUAUCAUGUUACAGGAUCUUAGAAGACUGGAGAGGGGACUUCUUGGUAAGCCUUGACGAUCAAACCUGGAGGACCUAAACAAACGAGAAGACAGCGCUCUGCAGAUCUAGGGAGGAUGCUUGUGGUUUUAAAGCGGUGGUUUUACAGAGGUGGGGAAUUGUAGAGCCUCAGACCUGCAGGGACGGGCAGGAAGAAGCCCAGAAUGCCCCCACUCUCCCUUGUUAAGGCUUCUGGGAUGCUGCUGAUUCCAGGAAAGGCAAUGGAGGAUUGUGUCUUUGGUUCCAGCUCCUUUCCAGCACCUUCUCUUGCUCCCUCCUUCGUCACAGAGACUCUACCUUCAGGAAGAUUCCACCUCAGCUGCACGUUGGAGAAUCUCCCUGCCCUGUGUUGAAAUGCGAGCCAAGCACAUCCUGAUUCCUUCCAAUGGCUGCUGUCUCUAAGACUCAACUUUGCACUCCAUCAGUAAUGCUAGUAUUAACUUUGCACUCCAUCAGUAAUGCUAGUAUUGUGUGGGGUCAGCCUGGUCAUCAUUGCUUCUCUGACCUUUGUAGGCUCAUUUAGAAACCAGGCAGGGAAAAUCCUGGGAGAUCAAAUUCAUGGUGACUUGUCUUGGGCAGUUCUGGUAACUGGUCCAGUUUGGGAGGAAGUGGAAACUAUUGACUCACAAGUUUCUGGGUUAUCUUUGGCUCCCCUCCCACCUCCCAUCCCUGUAACCAGCCUCUCAUCACAGCUUGGUGUGUGGGCUGGGUGUCUGGGCUGUCUCCCCAGGCAUGGAAGAGAAAUAUGAAGUCGUUUAGAUACUUAUCAAGACCUCACAGGAUUUGAGCCUUAUCUCGCAGACUGUUCCUCUGACAUUCUCACACGUUUCACAAAAACCCAUCUUGUUGAAUUGGUCAUGGUGUGUGUUAGAUGCUAAAAUGCUCAAUCUUCACGUGUACGUCUGCUCUAGGGUGACUCAGUUGAAAGAGAGUAAAAUGCAUUAACAGUAACUAUCCUGAGAUUAAGUGAAUCAUGUCUAGUAAAGGAUACAAAGUCUUUGAUAUUAUGGCCCCUUUCUUUUCUGCUCACCAGCUGCUGUAGCUUUGCUCCAGCAGCUUGCCGUCUUUGCCAGCCACUCGUUUUUUGGAUGUCCUGGCUAGCAUGUGUCACUUUAGUCCCCGUUGUGUCACAUCUGUUUAGGAGUCAGAUUUUUAACUUGAGUUUUCAAUGUUAACAUUUAAACUUAGUAAAUGAGCAGACUACCAGAUUUUCCUAGUGCUCACUUUGUAUUUUUAGAUAUUAAAAUGAUUACAUAAACUCUGUUUGCCUUAAAAAUUAAACAAAUUAUAAAGAUUUUAAAAUGGA